AUAUAUAUAUGACUAUAGUCAAAGGUUUGAGCAGUGCCGACUCAUCGCUGAAAAGAUCUUUACCAAAACAUCUCUGCACCCUUAUUAGACCAGAUUUCUUAAAGUUUCCUUUGCCGAUCAACGACAUAACAUUAAUUUUUAAUCGUUCAUCAUGAUUAUAACGCUAAAAAACUUACAGCAGCUGACGUUUACAGUAGAAAUUGAUCCAUCGCAAACCGUAAUGGAUUUAAAGCAAAAGAUUGAGACUCAAAAGGGCUUUCCUGCUAAAUACCAGAAAUUAAUAUAUGCUGGAAAAAUAUUAGAAGAUGAACAUUCAUUAGCAGAAUAUAAUAUAGAUGAAAAGAAGUUUAUAGUCGUUAUGGUAACAAAGCUUAAAUCAGGUGAUGGUCAAUCGACGACUGAAGAAUCUGCAAGUACAGAAAAUAAAGAAGAAAGUACUACGACUAGCCCAGCAGCACAACCUAGUCCAAAUCCUACUGUUCAGGUUGCAUCGAACCCUACUGUACAAGAACAAUCCGCGGCAAGUACUGUCGCCGGAGGUGGUACCGGAAAUCAAGCUGAAAGUGCCUUGUUAAUGGGUGAAGAUUACAAUUCUAUGGUGAACAUUAUUGUGGAUAUGGGGUACGAACGUGAACAGGUCGAGCAAGCGUUAAGAGCAAGUUUUAACAAUCCCGACAGGGCGGUCGAAUACCUUUUAACGGGUAUACCAGUUCAACUUUUCGAGGAUUUACCAGAUGAUCAACUCGAAGCUUCGCAACAACUCGAAGCUUCGGAACAACUCCAAGAGCAUGGUCAACAUCCAUUAGCAUUUUUACGAAUGCAGCCACAGUUCCAGCAAAUGCGCCAAGUUAUUCAACAAAAUCCUCAGUUAUUGAAUGCUGUACUGCAGCAGAUUGGACAAAGCAAUCCUGCGCUGUUACAGCUUAUUUCACAAAAUCAAGAAGCGUUCGUACGCAUGCUUAACGAGCCCGUCGAGACUACUGGUAGUACAGGAGGAAGAACUACGCCUGUGUCUGCGUCGAAUAUUGCCCCGGUAGCUGCCCCCGGCGGAAUAAGCGGAGGGCUUGGUAUAGGAGGAGCGGGAUCGGAUGCAGAGCCUUCCGUGAUCCAGGUAACGCCCCAAGAUAAAGAAGCCAUCGAAAGGCUGAAGGCAUUAGGAUUCCCCGAACACUUAGUCGUUCAAGCGUAUUUCGCGUGUGAAAAGAACGAAAACCUUGCUGCUAACUUCUUGCUGUCGCAGAGUCUCGAUGACUGAACUAACGCACUUAAUUGAUUUCACAAUAAGGAAUUAAAGGACUGAUGUAGGGUGGGUAAUUACACAGGCGCCAUGUUAUUUUUCAACUGGUCAUCUUCGUUUUGUAAAUAUAAAUAUGCACACAUAUUUAUGUUGUUAUAUUAAAGUUUUAGUUAGGCGUUAAUAUACAUUGGCACGUUUGGUAUCACUUAAAAAUCUACUAGAAUUAUGUACCAAAAACGGAAAAUAUUAAUGCGUCAAAUUCUUAGUCUUCAAACACGUUCUUUUUUCUCCAAUAUAUAUAUAUACAUGUAUUUACAUCACUUUUUAUAUACUUUAAGACACUGGAGUUAUGUUGUUUCUCAUGUGUGUUACAAUCUGUCCUUACAAUCUGAAAAUUAAUUACUCAUUGACCAUACCUUUUGUUCUUUAAAUAUAUGGAGCAGUGUAAUUACAUUUUUAUGUAAGAAAGCCUGCUUGUUCCAAUAUACGGGGAUAUGAAUACUUUACGGUAUACAUUGGAAGUGUUGUACACAAUUUUACGCAUGCAUACAGGUUUGCAUACACGGCUGAAAAUAUACGUGUGUGUAUCGGAAGCUAUGUGUGCAUGAGACAAGCAUAUUUUGUACAUUUAAUGGGCUUUCUGAUAUAAAAAUUAUGUAAGUGCAUCCGUAUAUGUAUGAUUGCAUAUGUAUAUAUGUGUGUACUUGCGUAUAACUUGCGCCUAUGUAUGUAUGUAUAAAAAAAGUCUUGUAUUUUUUAAAGAAAACUUAUGAAAAUAGUUGUUCAUUAAUAACACGAUACAAUAUCAUUUCAUUUGCCACAUACUAAGAAAAAUGUAAGAAACUUUCGAAUGAAAGGAAAAGAAGAAGAAAUGAAAAAUUUAAGUAACAUAUGCAUACAUAUUGUUUCGAAUUUGUUUGACCUAAAUAAUCCAUUUUUCUCAUCUGAAGCAGAACUCGAGUAACUUAUGACUAGUUAAUAAGUGAUGAUCGUAUGUGAAAUAUCUUACAUAGAUAAUUGAAGGUGAUUCACAGGGAGGUAUGAAACUUUAAAGAAAAUUUGUAAUUAACUUUCUAUAAAAACGGAGGCAAUGAGAUUAUUAAUAUUAUAAAGAAAGCAUUCAAUAUGUUCGUAGCCUUAAUAUAAUACGUAAUUUAUUAGGGAUCGUUCGAAUUUUUAAGAUACUAGUACUGAUAUUAAAAUUUUAUUAGAAACAUAACACGAUGUAGAACAAGUAAUACAACUACAAAAAUUGCAUAUUUAAUAAAUAAAAACGAUAAGUCUAUACGCAAACAAACACGCUUGUUUCCCCGUUUGCUAUGCGAGUAUAUGUACGAUUAAAAAGAUGUUAUGAUGUUACACUCUUCAUUAUCAAGAGACGAACGCUUUUUAUGCUGUUUAUAAUUUUUUUACUAUCCGUUAUCAAAAGUAUGUACAAAUAUAAUCGACAUAAAGGAAUUCGUCAUAUUGCAAUAUACAACUUAAAUUAUA